CCGCCUCCGUUGCCCCUAGCGGCUGUUUGUUGACUUCCGGGAACGCGGUAGUCGCCGAUACUCGGAGUGUAGCUAUGGGGGCCGAGGGGGCUUCGGCGGCCCGCGUCGGGGCUGAGGCGCUGCCUUAGGCCCCACCGGUUCGUCCCCGCCGCCUUCCCGGCCCAGGCGCAGGCUCCUUGUACCGUCCUCGGCAUGGAGGAACCCGAGGAGGUGGUGCCCGAUUCGGGUGCUGUGUUUACGUUUGGAAAAACUAAAUUUGCUGAAAAUACUCCCAGCAAAUUCUGGUUUAAAAAUGAUAUACCUAUAUAUCUUGCGUGUGGAGAUGAACAUACUGCUAUUGUUACAGGAAAUGGUAAACUUUACAUGUUUGGCAGUAACAACUGGGGCCAGUUAGGAUUAGGAUCAAAGUCAACUGUUAGCAAGCCAACGUGUGUCAAAGCUUUAAAACCUGAAAAAGUGAAAUUUGCUGCCUGUGGAAGGAACCACACCAUAGUUGCAACAGAAGGAGACAAAGUAUAUGCAGCUGGAGGAAAUAAUGAAGGACAGCUGGGACUUCGUGACACUGAAGAUAGAAAUACUUUUCAUCUAAUUAGUUUUUUUACAUCCCAGCAUAAGAUUAAACAGCUCUCUGCUGGAUCUAAUACUUCAGCUGCACUAACUGAGGAUGGAGAGCUUUUUAUGUGGGGUGACAAUUCUGAAGGGCAAAUUGGUUUAAAAAAUAUAACUAAUGUGUGUGUCCCUCGUCAAGUGACCAUUGGGAAACCUAUCUCCUGGGUCUCUUGUGGAUAUUACCAUUCAGCUUUUAUAACAACUGAGGGAGAACUGUACACAUUUGGAGAACCUGAAUCUGGCAAGUUAGGUCUUCCCAGUGAGCUGCUGGUGAAUCACAGAAUGCCCCAGCUGGUGCCUGGAAUUCCCGAGAAAGUGAUCCAAGUAGCUUGUGGUGGAGGGCACACAGUGGUUCUCACAGAGAACGCUGUAUACACUUUUGGGCUGGGACAGUUUGGUCAACUGGGUCUUGGCACUUUUCUUUUUGAGACUUCAGAACCCAAAGUCAUUGAGCAUGUUAAGGAUCAGAAAAUAAGUUAUAUUUCCUGUGGAGAAAAUCACACAGCUUUGAUAACAGAUGUAGGUCUUAUGUAUACUUUUGGAGAUGGUCGACAUGGAAAAUUAGGACUUGGACUGGAGAAUUUUACCAAUCAGUUCAUUCCCACUUUGUGCUGUAAUUUUAUGAGGUUCAUAGUUCAAUUGGUUGCUUGUGGCGGAUGUCACAUGCUGGUUUUUGCCACUCCGCGGCUUGAUGUGGCAGAAGAAGUUGAGUUAGAUGAAAUAAACGACUCUUCCUUACCUGCAGCGACUUCUCUACCCAUCAGCGAUCUGACCUCAGAGAACGUAUUGCAUAGAACUUUAUCGGCACGUGUGCGGCGAAGGGAGAGGGAGAAAUCCCCAGAUUCUAUUCAGAUGACACAAACACUAUCUACGAUGGAAGAGACUCCCGAACUACCUGUUUGUUUUUCCCCGCAUUCAGUUCCUUUCCCUGUGUCUGCAAGAAAUCUGCCAGAGAAAAUGAUACCUGAAAAGGAGAGCCCCAUGCAGCCAAUGGAACCAGAUUAUUUUCAAGAUAAAAUGACCAAAGGGAAGGAAACAGACACUUCUUCAGCAGCAGAUUUAGAAAGCCUUGGAGAAACUACUGAUGUCUUAAACAUGACACAUAUGAUGAGCCUGAAUUCCAAUGACAAGUCAUUAAAAUUAUUGCCAAUUCAGAAACAAAAGAAACAAGAAACAAUUGAGGAACUGAAGCAGCAUACAGCACAUACUGAAAAUGAUGAUAGUAAUGAACAUGAAAGUGAAGAGAUGUCCAAAAAAAUGAAAGAAGGGAAAGCAUAUAAACAGCUUUUGGCAAAAGGAAUAUACAUGGUUCAAGCAGCUAUGACUAUGGAAGCAUUUCCAGAUGAGGACAUAGAGAUCCCAGAGGAACGGGAAGGAGCAGAGGAUUCAGAAGGAAGUGGAAUAGAGGAGGAAGAAAUAGAGGCAAAUGAGGCAAAUGUGGAGGUCCCUGGAGGAAAAGAGGAGGAGGAAGCAGAGAUCCUGUCAGAUGACCUUACAGACAGUGCAGAGGUGAGUGAAGGAAAGGGAAAGUCAGGGGAAGGGGCAGAGGAUGCACCUGAAGGUGGAGGAGGUUAUUCAGGAGCGGAACAGAGGCGAAGUGAGGAGGGGAAGGAGGAGAAAGACAAGGGAGAAGGAGAAAUAGAGAGCCCGGGUAAGGGAGAGAAAGACCUAGAAGAGGAGGAGGAACAGGAACAAAAGGAGAGGGAACAAGGCCAUGAGGUGAAAAGAAACAAAGGGAUGGAGGAAGAGGAAGGGGAGGGGCAAGGAGAGGGGGAAGGAGAGGAGGAGGAAGAAGGAGGAAAAGAGGGAGAAGAGGAGGAAGGGGAGGAGGAGAAGGGAAAAGGGAAAGAGGAAGAAGGAGAAGUGGAAGGAGAGGCAGAGGAGGAGCAGGAAGGAGAGGGGGAGGAGGAAGGAGAAGGGGAGGAGGAAGGAGAGGGGGAGGAGGAGCAAGAAGGAGAGGGUGAGGGAGAGGAAGAAGGAGAGGGGGAGAAGGAAGGAGAGGGGGUGUGGGAGGAAGAAGAGGGUGAAGAGGAAGAAGGAGAGGAAGAAGAAGGAGAGGGGGAAGGAGAAGGAGAGGAAGAGGAAGAAAAGGAGAAAAGAGAGGGAAAUGGUGAGGAGGAAGGAGAAGGGGAGCGGGAAGAAGGAGAGGGGGAGGAGGAAGGAGAAGGGGAGGGGGAGAAAGGAGAGGGGGAGGGGGAGGAAGGAGAAGGGGAGGGGGAGGAAGGAGAGGGGGAGGAGGAAGGAGAGGAGGAAGAUGAGGAAAGGGAAAAGAAGGAAGGAGAAAUGAGGGAGAGGGAAGAGGAAGAAAACAGGAGGAGGGGCGAGGAGGAAGGAGAAGGGGAGGGGGAGGAAGGAGAAGGGGAGGGGGAGGAAGGAGAAGCGGAGGGGGAGGAAGGAGAAGGGGAGGGGGAGGAAGGAGAGGGGGAGGAGGAAGGAGAGGGGGAAGAUGAGGAAAGGGAAAAGAAGGAAGGAGAAAUGAGGGAGAGGGAAGAGGAAGAAAACAGGAGGAGGGGCGAACAGGAGGACAAGGAGGAAGAGGAGGGAAAAUACCAGGAGACAGGUGCUGAAGAGAGUGAAAGGCAGGGAAGACAGGGUGAAGGAAAAGAGUUCAACAAAGUGAGCACAAUGAAAGGAUCUGUGAAAUACGACAAAGAUAAAGCAUAUCCAAAAAAGUUUAUUACUAACACAGAGGGAAAGAGAAAAGAGCAUGAAGUACAGAGGUUCAAAAUGCCAGUGCAGUCAAAACAACUUUUAGAAAAUGGGCCACCAGCUUCAAAAAAAUUCUGGAAUAAUGUAUUACCACAUUAUCUGGAAUUGAAGUAACAAACUUUAAAUUUGACCUGAUUAUGUCCAGCCAAACAAUUUGAAUGCCUUACACAUAAUAGGCACUCAAUACAUGUUAUUAAAUUGAUUUUAUGUCAUGGUUACUUUACAUGUGGUACAAUACUGACCGAUAAAUACAACACAAGGCACUGGCAAAUUUUGGCUCCUCUUAAACUAACGUUUUGGUGUAUUUUUCCUCCAAAUUAUAAAUCUAUAAGUAGAAAAUAUCAAAAGGUCAUAGCAGAUAAUUAACAUUAUAUGUUCCUCAUUAAGGACAGAUUUAGGAAACAGGAGUGUAUUGUAGGAGUAUUUUAUUUGUGUAUACAAAUCAGUCCCUUUAAAAAUGGCACAGAUCCUUAAGGGCUAUAAAAACGUAAUUUCUUAUCAAUAUGUUAGUGCAAUUUUUUUCAGUCUAUGAUUACUAUUUUCCUAC